AUGGAGAAUGAAGAGGGUUACACAGAGCUUAACUUCAAAUCAAGAAAGAAAAGGUGUAAUGCAGAACUUUUGUUUAAUUCUUCAUGUCUGUGGUAUCUUGCUGCUCUCUCAGGAUUUCUGAAUGUUGUAUUUCUGGGAGCUCUGAUCACAUUAACUCAAAAAUGUGACUUGCUAUCAAGUGAUGUCCGGAAGCCCAGAGAAAAUCUUUGUGAAAAUGACAGUAUCUUUAAGGAAGAUAUUGAUGAAAACAGCUUAUAGGCUACAUUAAAGGAAAACUUAUGCGUACAUGAAAAUGACUCUAGAUGUGAUCUCUGCCCCGUGGGCUUGAAGCUGCAUUACAGGAGGUGUUAUCUCUACUCAGAAACUCAUGACACCUGGGAGAAUAGUAGAAAGUAUUGCUCAAGAAAAAAAACUGAGCUUCUGGUUAUAGAGGAUGAAAUGGAACUGGAUUUCUUAAGCAAACUGAAGGAUAAUGACACUGUCUUUGAUUGGAUUGGAUUAAGCUUUGAUGAGAGGGAAGGCAGAUGAGUAUGGCUCGCUGGUCCCAAACAUCCAGGGAGAAGUUUUAUGAUAAAAGGAAGAAGGAAAGGAGAAAAAUGUGCUGCCUUUAAGGUGACAGGAGUGCGUGCAGAUAACCUCCUCUUCCUGUACAGGUGGAUUUGCAAGAAGAGUGAAAUUCAUCUGUAA